UACAACACAUCACAUGUUUCUCAGAUCAUCACAUUGUCUAUCACUUAACUGAUCCACAAAUUUCCAUCCAUUUUAUUAAUUUAAUUAAUUGAAGUCAUUUUUAAUAUACAGUUUGGGUAAAAUUUAUAGUUAACCGCUAUCGACAGAUUGUGGCCCAGAAUUUAAAGUAUGAUUUUAAUUGCUUAACAAUUAAAGAGCAGAUGAUUUUGUAGACAAUAAGCCAUUACUUGAAUUGUCGAUUACGUGAGUCAUUUUGAGUCAAAUAAAAGGUGUCUUUGCACUGAAACGAUACUUAAUUGUAUUUUAUGACUUAAAAUAUAAUUGGAUUUAAUGUUUUACACAUUACGACCAUUUUUUAAUGUAAAAAAGACUUUCAUUUUAUGCAAAUCAGUUAAACAAAUAGUAGAUCAGAGACCAGAAAGAAUGUUGUCUUGUUUGGUGACCCGACCCGAUGUACCACAAGUGAUGUUUGAUAUGUUGAAAGAGCACUGUCAUGUCGACAUCUGGCAAAAUGCAUCGAUAAUGCCCAGGGAUGAGCUAAUGGUGCGCAUCAAAGGCAAGACUGCAUUACUCUGCACUCUCUCCGAUCGCAUUGACUCUCAAGUGCUGGACUGCACCGAUAACUCACUUAAAGUGAUCUCUACCUUAUCUGUUGGUUACGAUCACAUCGACAUCAAAGAGUGUCAUAAAAGAGGUAUUGUCGUCGGCCACACACCUGAUGUACUGACCGAUGCAGUCGCUGAGCUUACCAUUGCUUUAUUAUUGGCCACAUCUCGACGUCUUUUUGAAGCUGAAAAAUCGCUCCGAAACGGUCAGUGGAAGCCGGGAUGGAAUCACAUGUAUAUGUGCGGGAACUCCAUAAAGGGUAGUGUCAUUGGGUUUGUGGGCGCCGGUCGUAUCGGUUUGGAUGUACUUAAGAGACUUAAGGCCUUUGAACCAAAACAGUGUUUAUAUUGUGGAAAUAAUGCAAAGUCUUUGGUGGACUCAAUGGGCGCUAAAUUUGUAUCGUUUGAAGAAUUGCUAGAAAAGAGUGAUUUUGUAAUAAUUAGUUGUUUAUUGAAUGAUAAGACGCGUCAUAUGUUUAAUGAGAUGGCAUUCAAACGCAUGAAGAAGAGUGCAAUUCUUAUUAAUACAAGUCGUGGGUCUGUUGUCGACCAGAAAGCCCUCUACAAUGCUCUCAAAAACGGAGACAUUAAAGGAGCCGGACUUGACGUCAUGGAAGUUGAACCGAUUCCUAUGGACGACCCCCUCCUCUCCCUGUCCAACGCCGUAAUAUUACCACACAUUGGAAGCGCUUCUCAUGAGACUCGGGUGGCAAUGGCUGAGCUAACGGCUCGCAAUGUGAUAGCAGGCCUACAGCAGUGCCCACUGCCCGCUGCCGUACCCGUCAGCCAAUAAGCCUAUCCUCUGCACUCCUCAUAGAUUAGUGUUGUUUGCAAAACAUUUUUAAAGCUUAUAAUUAUAUUUUGCUAUUCAAUGUAUACCUGUAUAUCAUAUGUUUUGUUAUAACUAAUGGUAAUUACUAUACGAGUCUUGACUUUUCGUGUUUCACUUUUUAUAUGUAUUUUGUUUUCCGUUUGCACUCAUAAUAAGACAACCUUUAGGUUAGGUAUCGUUCUUAGAAAAUAUGAGCACCACUUGUGUGGCCUCAGAAUUAAGCGAAGAUUAUGUGCCAUAAGGAGACUAACCUAACGAGGCUGUCGUCAUCCAAGUGCCCAAACCUUACUAUAGGCUCCACUCAUCCCUUAUAGAGAAGAGAACCGAGAAUUUUUCACAAGACUCUCAACGCUGGGAACUACACUCAGAUGUAUGAGCCAGACAUGUAUGAGACAACUGAUAACUAUAUAAUACCUGAUUUACUGUAUCUAUGUAUUUAGGGGUAAAACACAUACCUAUUAGAUAAGCAUUAUUUUUAUCUUUAAAAAGUAGUAAAACGUGAACUAAACUAACUUUUAAUGAAUACCAUAUCAAGCGUUGGAAUGUUUUUUACACCAAUUUAUUGUUAAAUCUUUUUUUACAUUCAAUU